GCCAUUUUGGAGCGAUCUCGCCCGCGGCCCCGAGCCGGUCCCGAGCGGGUCCCGAGCCUCCCGCCGGCUGCGCCCGAGUCCGAAGGCGCCGCGCCGCGGGGCCGGGCCCAUGUGCGUGCGGCCCUCUCCAGGCCGUCCGCACUUCACCUCUGCGAGCGUCCUGGCCUGCCUCCAUCGGGCCUUGGAGGAGCCGCCGCGACCCCCAGGCUGCGGGGCAGGUAAACCAACCAAAACUCUUCCCUGAAUGAAAAAAAUCUUUUUUAAAGUUGCAUAUAUACAAAAGAAAAAAACCUAAAUGCUUUUUAUUUUGCCUGAAUACAAGAUUUAAACCAGGCACAGCAAUAGAAGGAUCAAUGUCCAGGGCCAAGGCACUUUUAUUUGUAUGGAUUUCUGUUCACUGCUGCAUUCAUAGAGGUUGCAGAAUCUCUUAAGCAGGUAGAGAAGUGUCUACUGAACAUAAAUCUGGCCAUAUAAAUGGCUGUCCAAAGGAAUGACUCUUUAAUUGACAGAACAGUGCCAGCUGGAUUUGAUAGCACAUGCCUAUAAUUCUAGGCUUUUGUGGAGGCAAAGCAGAAGAAUUUUGAGUUUGAGGCAAACUCUAGCUCUGUGGCCACCAUCAUGUUCUGGAAAUUUGACUUGAAUACCACGUCCCACGUUGACAAGCUGCUCGACAAGGAACAUGUGACACUGCAAGAGUUAAUGGAUGAAGAUGACAUCCUGCAAGAAUGUAAGGCUCAGAACCAGAAGUUGUUGGACUUCCUGUGCAGGCAGCAGUGUAUGGAGGAGCUGGUAAAUCUCAUCACACAGGACCCACCCCUGGACAUGGAAGAGAAGGUCCGAUUCAAAUAUCCAAACACAGCCUGUGAGCUUCUGACUUGUGAUGUGCCGCAGAUCAGCGACAGACUAGGCGAGGACGAGAGUCUGCUGAACCUUCUGUAUGACUUCCUGGAUCAGGAGCCACCACUCAACCCACUGCUUGCCAGUUUUUUCAGCAAGACCAUUGGCAAUCUUAUUGCAAGGAAAACUGAACAGGUGAUCAUGUUUUUGAAGAAGAAGGAGAAGUUUAUCAGCCUGAUGCUGAAGCACAUAGGCACCUCAGCUCUCAUGGACCUGCUGCUGCGCCUGGUCAGCUGUGUGGAACCAGUUGGUCUUCGGCAAGAGGUCCUACAUUGGCUUAAUGAGGAGAAGAUCAUCCAGAGACUUGUGGAAUUGAUCCAUCCUCAUCAGGAUGAAGAUAGGCAGUCAAAUGCUUCUCAGGCACUCUGUGACAUCAUCAGACUGGGCAGAGACCAGGGCAGUCAGCUGCAGGAGGCUGUGGAGCCAGACCCCCUCCUCAUAACACUGGAGUCGCAGGACUGUGUGGAGCAGCUUCUGAAGAACAUGUUUGAUGGGGAUCAGAUGGAGAGCUGCCUGGUCAGUGGGAUGCAGGUGCUGCUUGCCUUGCUGGAGCCAAGGCGUGUUGGAACAGAAGGCUUGGUGGACUCCUUUUCUCAGGGACUGGAAAAGUCAUACUCUGUCAACAGCAGCAUCCUGUGUGGCAUCGAGCCAUGGCUAAAGAAUUUCCAUCAGCUCCUGCUCCACCCGCCAAAGAAAAAAGCAAUCCUGACCACUAUUGGCGUGCUAGAGGAGCCCCUGGGGAAUGCUCGUCUUCAUGGUGCACGCCUCAUGGCUGCACUGCUGCACACAAACACGCCCAGCAUCAACCAGGAGCUCUGCCGACUCAACACCAUGGACUUACUGCUGGACUUGUUUUUUAAGUACACCUGGAAUAACUUUUUACACUUCCAAGUGGAACUGUGCAUAGCCGCUAUUCUUUCCCAUGCUGCCCGGGAGGAGCAGGCAGAAGCUAGUAGAUCGGAUGGCAAGGUGGAGCCUCUUCAGGGGAGUGGAGAUGGAACUGGGAAGCCAGAGACCCCCCAAUCCAUCACCAGCCUUCCUGAGAACACGAUGGUGACCCAUCACCUAGGAGGCAGUGUGAACCUUGGGCUCCCACUCACACUGCUUGCCGCUCUGCUCUCACAGCUGUUCCAGAAGUGCUGCCUGGUACAAAGGAUCCUGGAAGCCUGGGAAGCCAACGACCACACACAGGCAGCAGGUGGCAUGAGACGUGGGAAUAUGGGUCACCUCACAAGGAUCGCCAAUGCAGUGGUACAGAACCUGGAGCAGGGUCCAGUGCAGACCCAUAUCAGUGAAGUCAUCCGAGGGCUCCCUGCAGAUUGCCGUGGGCGCUGGGAGAGCUUUGUGGAAGAGACACUGAUGGAGACCAACCGCAGGAACACUGUGGACCUGGUGAGCACUCACCACCUUCACUCCUCAAGUGAGGACGAGGACAUUGAGGGUACUUUCCCUAACGAGCUGUCCCUUCAGCAGGCCUUCUCUGAGUACCAGAUCCAGCAGAUGACAGCCAACUUUGUGGAUCAGUUUGGCUUCAAUGAUGAGGAAUUUGCGGACCAGGAUGACAACAUCAAUGCCCCAUUUGACCGGAUUGCAGAGAUCAACUUCAACGUUGAAGCCGAUGAGGACAGUCCUAGUGCAGCUUUGUUUGAAGCCUGCUGCAGUGAUCGAAUCCAGCCCUUCGAUGACGAGGAGGAAGAAGACAUCUGGGAGAAUGAGGAGACUCGAUGCACUGCCCGGGUGAUGGCCAGAGCCAGGUUUGGAGCCCCUCAUGUUUUAGAAAAUUACUCAAAGAAUGCCCUGGAACAUGGGGGCCAGGACAGGAAGGCUGGCUUAGCAGCAGCUAGGAAUGUUCCUGGAUUGGCCACUCCUUCAUCUCCUACACAGAAAGAAGGUCCUCGCUCAGAGAGUGAUUCAGAAGGUACUACAUGGACAGCAGUUUUUGAUGAGCCAGUGAACCCAAUGUCUGCAGCCCCAGGAGCUGCAAGGGAUGUGGGUUCUAGUAUAUGGGCAGCUGGUCCCUCAGCUCCAGAGGAGAAAGGCUGGGCCAAAUUCACCGACUUCCAGCCUUUCUGCUGCUCUGAGUCAGGGCCCCGGUGCAGCUCUCCUGUGGAUAUGGACAACAGCCAUGCCGAGGGUGGCCAGAGUCCAGGCCCAGAGAAAGCCUUUGGUCCUACCUCGCCUUGUACCUGGAAUGUGUGUGUCACUCGGAAGGCCCCACUGGUAGCCUCUGACAGCAGCUCCUCUGGGGGAUCUGACAGUGAAGACGACGAGAAGGCAGCUGGUACUGUGGAAGCCGUGCGCACAGGUCAUGGUGGGAAAGCCCCCCCACUACCCAGGACAGAGGAAGCUGCUGCCAGCAGGACUGAGUGUACGGACAGCACCGUGUUAGCCCCUGCCUGCCCUGCAUCUCCAGAAGUGACUGUCAGUACUGCUGUGGCCACCACAGCACCAAGCAAGGCAGGUCCUCCCGCAGCCACUGCAGUUGUCUCUUCCUCAGUGGCUAUUGCAGUGCCCCCAGGGCCAGCCAUGGCAGUAACUACAGCAGCCCCAGCCAUAGUUGCCACUCUGGGGACAAUGACGAAGGACAGGAAGACAGAUGCCCUGCCAGAAGGAGCUGCCUUAAAUGGUCCUGUGUAACUGCUGCCACCAUCUAUGGCUCGCCCUGGUCAGGCUGCUUCCUUAUCAAGAAAACUACCUGGUGAUGCAAUUUUUUUUUAAUUUAAAAUAAAUGCUGCAUUUGGUAAA